AUGACCGAUCAACUACAAGUCCGGCGCUUCUAUGCGUCUGUUUCGUUUUGCGUUUCGUUUUAGAUUUGUGCCAAUUCACUGCAGUUUCUAAAAUGGCAGGCUUAGAGCUUCUGUACACCUCUGUGGUCAGUAAUAUCUCCUCUCCACAGGAUGCUCUUGUUUGUUUUGUUCACUGGGAAAUUGUAAGACACGGGUACAAAUGUCUGGGAACUGGGGACCAGCCUCAACAAAGCGAUAAAAAGUCGGAGUUGCUUCCUUCUGGGUGGAACGACAGCAAGGAGGUGUACACCCUGCGAUAUCAGUCCAAGAAUGAAAAGUCUAAUCUGCUCCUCAAAGCCAUCACAGUGGAGUCCACCCUACUCUUCAACGUUAUGGAUUCAGCCACUGAGCGCGUUUCAGACUUAACAGUGAACUUCAGUGAUUAUGUAGAUUCAGGCAAUCUACAGGAAUUUGACAGUGUGUUCAAGAACACAGAGGAGCUCGCCAAGAAGGUCAAAUCGAAGCUUCUUCCAUCAGACCCCUCACACAAAGGAGAGUCCAGCAAGAAGGUUGAGAAAAGGCACUUGAGAGAGAGCACAGAAGAAAUACUGCCAGACAAAGACCCACUCCUCAUUCCUCCAAGGAACCCACAGACUGGCAGACAGCCCUACUGGUCUGACCCCAUGGCCCCGUUUGCUGCAGGGGGAGCAGACCUUGAUCCCUUUGGAGGGCGGGCAGGAGGGAUGAUCAUGGAUCCACUGCGCUCGGGGUUCCCGCGGUCAGGGUUUGACCCCUCAGCUGGCAUUCCAGGCCGCCUUCCCCCGGGCGCUGUUCCGCCCGGUGCCCGCUUUGACCCGUUUGGACCAGUCGGACAGAACCGACCGGGCCCAGACCCUGACCACAUGCCUCCUCCGGGGUACGAUGACAUGUUCAUGUAGAAGUGACAGCCGCAUUCUCUUCACUUCCUGGAGGACUGCUAGCUUGCAUUGCCAGAAGAAUAUGCAGCAGAAAUCUCUCUGACAUGUUGUGAAUGUGCUGUUUUGUUUUGGUUUGAGGAUUAAACCUGUUGCCCACUAAUACCCUCUGUUGGUUUUAGUUCUUUUGGGAGUUGGAAGUAAUUGCAAAAUUACUUUUUUAAAGUGCUAACAUGUUGCAUGUCAACGUACAGCAAAAGCAGUACUUUGUUUUAUAACAUACUGGGAUGUAUGAUGAUAACUGUGAUAUCAUCUGUUUUCCAAUGUGUCGCUCUUGCUAUGCAUUAAGAUAUGAGGGGGCUCAUGGUUCCUAUUCGUAUUUAUCUGUAUAAAAACAGCUAAAUUUUUCCUUACUUAGGGCUGGAUCAGAUUGUGCCAGAGUUAAAAUGAGCCUCAAAAUGUCACUGAAAUGAGCUUAAAAUGUUUUAUUGUAGAAUACAUGUCAUCCUCAUGCUUAAUGCUGAUUAAAAUAGAGCAUUAUGAUUUUGGUUUGUUCUUAACAACCUUUGGUCCAUCUGUUUUUUCUUUGUGGAAAAUACUGCUCAACUAAUA